CCCCUCUCAGCUCGGCGCAUCCCCUCCGCUGGACGAAGCGCGACCAUUUUGCAGGGGGGAGCAGCGAGCGGUUGGCGGCUGACGGAGAAAAGGGAGCCAGGCGGAAAGGGCGCGCGCGGGGCGGCGGCUGGAGUCACUGAGCCGGGCGGGGAUCGAGGGACAGCGAGAGAGAGAGAGGAGAGCGGCGCCGGCCCCUCAGACGCCCCUCAGGGCCUCGCUCUGCAAGAUGUCUAGGCCCGUCAGGAACAGAAAAGUUGUGGACUAUUCACAGUUUCAAGAAUCAGAUGAUGCAGAUGAAGAAUAUGGCAGAGAUUCAGGUCCUCCAGCCAAGAAAAUCCGUUCAUCACCAAGGGAAGCAAAAAAUAAGAGGCGAUCUGGAAAAAAUUCUCAGGAAGAUAGUGAGGACUCAGAAAAAGAUAUGAAGGCAAAGAGGGAUGACUCACACUCAGCAGAUGAAGAUUUUGGCAGUGAGGAUGACUUAGGAGCAGGUGAUGGUAAAGCUGAUAGUGACUAUGAGAGUUCUCAAAAGAAGGAAAAGAAAGGAAAGAAAGCAAAACCUGAGAAGAACAAAAGAGCAACUUCCAAAUCCAGGAAAAAGGCUGCUGCAGAUGACAGCGAGGAUGAGAAAGAAGACCACAAAAAUGUGCGCCAGCAGCGACAGGCAGCAUCUAAAGCUGCUUCCAAGCAACGGGAAAUGCUCAUGGAUGAUGUGGGCAGUGAGGAAGAAGAUCAGGAAGAGGAGGAGGAAGAAGCAGCAUUUCAGGAAAAAGAUUCUGGCAGCGAUGAAGACUUCCUUGUGGAAGAUGAUGAUGAUAGUGAUUAUGGCAGUUCAAAAAAGAAGAACAAAAAAGUGGCUAAGAAAUCCAAACCAGAAAGGAAAGAAAAGAAAAUGCCUAAACCAAGGCUAAAGGCUACAGUUACACCCAGUCCAGUGAAGGGCAAAGGAAAGGGAGGCCGUCCCACAGCUUCAAAGACGUCAAAAGAAAAGACCCCAUCCCCAAAGGAUGAUGACGAAGAGCCUGAAAGUCCUCCAGCAAAGAAGAAAUCAGUUAGUCCUCCUCCAGACAAAUCUGGGGAUGAGGGUUCUGAAGAUGAAGUCCCAUCCGGUGAAGAUUAAAUGGUGUGGGAGAGAAACUUUUUGAGAGAGAGUAAGGAAAAGAGAAUAUGCUUAGGGGGUAGAACAUGGUUUUGGUUGUGGCUUGACUCAUGGGCUGUGAAUGCCACCUUUACUUUAGCUGUUUUAAUAGUACCGUUCUUUCUUCUCCUUUUUAAAAGAGAAUCUUUACACAAUAAUGUUUUGAUGUCACAGUCUCUGCUGGCCAUUCCGUUCUCCCCAACCAAAUCUGAAAGCCAUUAGAUUUCAAUUAACAUCUUACUAAAUAUAUAUUUUGAAGGCUCACUGCAGUUGUAAAGCAAUAAAAUUUAAGGCUGACACUUGGAGGCUCACAAUUAACAAAUAGAAUAGAUUUUUCAAAGCUGGAAAAUUCAUCCAAACCAACUUGCUUAAUUGAAUCCAAAACAAGUGUAUUAUUAAACACAGCAUCCUUUGUAUAUGAAUUCUUUUGAAUUCCAUCAAGGGUUUAAAGUUCUAAUAUUCUGAAUAUUUGGGGUUCCACAAUCUAUUUUUAAUGGCCAAGGUAAUUUUAAUGACCAUGUAGUCUCUUCUGUAUUUUAAUCUUUAGAAAAGCUCUGCCUGUUCACGCCAUUAAUAUUUUAAUUUCUUACUGAGUAGGAUAGCAUUUCAGUUGGUCAAAAUGCUGCCAUUUCCUUCCAGCUCUUUUUUUAAAAGUUUCUCUUUUGCCAUACUUCUUUGAAUCUUUGCAUACAUUGUAAAGUUUGGUUUCAGGGAGGCAUUCUGGAAGGCUGAGGUCAUUUGUUUUUUAAAAUGUAAAAACAGUUUUCCAUAAUGGCACACAGUCUUUGCGUUUCAAUCCAUGUGCACUGACUCAAGCGUUUCAAAAGUAAGACAACUCAGCUUCCGCCACAAAGAAUAUGAUUUUCCUGUACACAUCCCCUCCUUGACUUAAUUUACCUUCACUGUUCAUUGCCAGAUCUUAGAUGUUCUAUAGCGAAGAAAUCAUAUAUCCAAGCUAAGCAAAAUGCAGGCUAUGAAAUGAAAGACACAGUUCCUGAACAAUGUAGAAUGGUGCUUCAGAAAAGCAAAAUAUUUUAACCAUGUAAAAUAUAUUCAAGAGAACUGUGUGCUAUCUUUUUAUUAGGUUUCAAGCAGUGUGUAUGUUUAGCCAGUUUAAACAAGAUGGACCUUGUCUUUCCUAGGUAAAAGAAUUGCUGUAUUUAGAGUGAGCUGAAGUGCUAUCUGCUUCCUACUUUUUUGUCUUGCACAUUUGUAAGAAACACUUCCAGUCACAACCCUUUUUCCUCCAAGUGACAUUAUUAGAGAUUUGAAGCCUAGUCAUUUGACAUUUCUGGUUUAAUUGAUGGUUUGUAAGCAAAAUAGAUGCAAUUUACAAGUAUUCUCAUAGAGGAUCAGGCUUGCCAGACUGAUAGUUGAAAGCCAAAGUGAAGAAUGCAUAAGCGGCAAAGUGUCAUGGUGGUUACCUCUUUCUAAAAUAUAAAAGGAAAUAACAUGUAUACAGUUUUAAGACUUAGCAGAAUAUUUUCUUCUGCUGUUUAAAUCAACUCUGUUCACAUCAAUGUGUCUGCUAUACAUUAAUUUGGGUGUGUACAAAGGAUUAAAGGUUCAUUCUGAAUGGUGUUUUUAUCAAGAUACUGACACUUAUAUUGUUAAAUAAUACUUGGGAAUUUAAAAAAUGGCCUGGGUUCAUCUUUGGACAGAAAGCAAUCUGUCUUGAGUCACUUGUCGGUUUUACCAAGUUUUAAAUUUUGAAUGAUAUGGAUACUAUGGACACAAAGAUUGUACUGAUACUUUCAAAGAGGUGAGUCCAAAAUUGUGGUUUUACCCUAUACUACAAAUGAAAAGGUGGUCCUAGAUCGUUCAUCUGCUUCAAAUGUUUUGGUAUUAUUCCCUCUCGUCAUUAUUGUCAGCUAGAUAUAUGGAAUAUACUUCUGCUGCUAGGCCUUGUUUUGUAAAAUGCAUAUUUUUCUCCUGGUCUCUUUAACAGAUGCAUCUGCAUAAUUGGCUUAGGAUUACUAUUCAGACUCCUCCUUUAUCUCUUCUUCAAUUAUUUGAACCAGUUAUCAUCUUUAAUUUUGUGAAAAACUUAUUUCAAAUUUAUGAUGGCAGCAGAUGUCUUUGUCUUGAAUCUGUGAAAACCCUAAAUACUGUGCUUUCAUUUAGGUUUGUAUUUGUCACCCUAGAAACAAACAAUUUAGAAGGUCCUAAAAACACUAACGUACUUAAUAACUUGCUUGGACUUGCCCACCUGUUCAGUCCAUACACAAAAGGAAACGUUUUUCCCCUCCAGUUCAUGCAUCUAUAGUAAAUACAGUCAACAUUUUCAUUUUUGUUCUCUCCCCUUUGAGUGCAGUAUUUUAGGGAUGUGAUAGCCAUGUCAGUUCAUUACUUUGUUCCAUUGAACAACUAUUGCCAGAAAAACAAAUAGAAAUACUCCAGUGUACAUUCAUCACUCUAUAUCAGUUGCUUCCUAGGAAUGGCAGGUUAUUUAAUAUCUUAGUUUAAUUAAAUAUUUCUGACAAAUUUGUUUAAAAAACCAAAAGCAAACUUGUUUAGUGUAUCUAACUUACCACUUUUCAAGUAAUUGUGAGAAUAAGAAUUCAGGGAAGUAUUUGCUGGUUAUGUUUUGGGCUUGACCAGGUAAGAGUUAUCAUGUUGUUGAAGAAACAGCCCAGAUAACUUAAAACUGAAUAGUCAAUCUGAACAUACAAUUUUGUGAGGGCUUUUUCUCUUUGGUGUAGUGUUUUAGGACAGACCAAAUGCAAGAAUGUCAUGAUUAGAUCAAUCUGACAAAGAAUUAUGUUUCAUGUCCUCCAAUGGAGAGAUGGAGAUAAUGUACAUUCAGAUAUAAAGCUCUCUGGAAUUGUUGGAAGGGCCAGUAUGAUAUAGAUGUUCAGUAUAUUCAGCUAUUGCAUGCCUGCACCAAGUACCCCAACUAUUAAUUAAGUGGAUUAAAAAUGCAUUACCCCAAGUACAACAAACAGCUAAACUAAGGAGUGGAGUUGGGUUAAGGGGGAAAGCUAUAACAUGCUGGAAGCUUAUGAGCUGUAGAAAUUGGUGCUUUUGCUUUAUGUAUUUUUUCUGUGGAGUGUUUAUUUUUUAUAACAAAUCAUAAUGUUGGCACAUGAUUUUAUAAAAUAAAAAGAAUUUGAUUCCCAUGAUUUUAGGUAUUUGGGAAAUGAUAUUAGUACUUUGUGGGGGAGAUUUUUUUCCCCUCCCUCCCUUCAAGUAGCUUCAUUCAGUAGGCUCUUCGUGAGGCUUGGGUCCACCUUCUACUGAAUACCCCCCCCCUUCUGGUCCAGGCAUUUUGAUCAAAUUAUUUGUAGAACAUGAGUCCCAAAUGGAAACUGCAUAAUUAAUUCUCCUUGUGAUUGCGUGUGAUAGCAUGCCAUCAGCAUAAUUCACAGGGCAGAAGUUGGGUCUGUUUGAAAUAAUUUAGGGCUUCAUCGUUCAUGGCUUGACAAAAAUAUACUUGCAGUUUCCUUGGACAUGCCUCCUCCAUGACUUACAUUUUUAGUUUUCUGCUUCACUAAGUAGUUCAUACUUACCUAUUCUGUAUUACAGUCUUUCCUAGCCCCUAGAGCAAACGUUUCCCCUUUCAAGUUUUCUAAAGCAUUCACAUACAUGCUGAAGAUCCAUUGACCACUGUUGAAUAGAUUUGCUGGCCAUCUGCCCCUGUACAAAACUGUAGAAAAUGAAAUGGUCCCAUCAGUCUGAGCAUGUUUUGGUGUGACUGCAAGAUUCCACUGUGCAUACGCUUUGUAUAUUUGGGGAGGGAUUUUUUAAAUAAGGAACUGUAGACAUUUGGUGCAGAACAAUACACAAACCUGCUUAAGCCACAAUAACAUGAAAACCCCUUCAAGUAUCUUGUGUGAAUGGGAGUGAACAGUGCGCAUAUGUGUGCAUGCGUGGGUGUCCGUCUGACAAUUUAAUGUGUGUUAGGAAUUUGUGAAUUUUACUUUUCCUGCAGAAACAAUUAUUACAAAAAGUUGUAUAUAAGAGAAUUACAUAAUUUUUUUCCAGGAACACGUCACAGCAAAACCCUGAACUGUUCUCAGACAUAAUGAACAACAAGGCUCCAAGUGGGGCAAGUGCCCUUAACAGCAGAUAGGAGUUGAUUCAGUGGAAUGCAGUGGAUAAUUGUCCUGGGUAUUCCCUCCCUGUUGGAUUCUUGGUCUCCCCCGGGAUAUUUCAUGAGCAUUUGUGUAAUAAUGCUGAAUAAAAUACUCUGUACUCUACUACUUAGAAGAUCCCAGAUGAUGAUGAUGACCAAUGAGGCUGUGAAUCCCUUGACAAUGAAAUCUGCAGCAUGGUACUAGGAGUUCAGUUUGAAUGUAACAUUGAUGCUUUAUUUAAAAAUGCAUUUUUUUAAAAAGUGGGGGGAGGGAGGGUUUGAAGUGAACAUGACGUUGUUGACCAUGUUCGUGAAUUAUAGAUGCAACAUGCAUUGGUAGAAUUGUGUGAUGGUCUUUUGUGCUACUUAAUUUUACAUAUUCCAGUCUCUGUAUGUACUUGCAAUUUCAAAACAAAAUUAACAGUCCCUGCUUUGCUUUUUAUUGAAGGGUUUCCAGGACUGCAUAUCUGCUCCUGAGCUCUGUUUUAAGUAUGUGUAUCCUUGGCUUGUAUUUUGUAUUAAAAGAGAAUAUGGAAAAGAACCCUUUAUUGUUCAGCAUGUUGGAAUUGUGUCCCCCUCAUUUCCCCCCUCUCUCUUUUAUUUUUUUUGAAUAUAUUAAGCAACUUAUUCUUCUGUAUCUUAAUUUCUUUUGUAAACAUUUUGGUUUUGUUUAAAAUGGCUUUAUAAAAGGGCUUUUAUAACCCA